ACAUGAGCCAAAAGCACUAGUACUACUCUGAGGCAUCGUGGGGGCUCUGUAGCUCUUGACCUGCUGUUGCUGGUCUUCGUCUGCUCUUCAUCUCCACCACCGGGUGCUCCCUUGCUCUCAUCUCAGUCCUCUCCUCCAUUGCGCUGCCUGGAAUAAGAUCGAUCCUCGCCUCCCCCGGCCUCGCCCCUGCCAACUGACUGCUGUUGUUGGCCUUCCUCUGCUCCUCACCCGUGGACAUUUUUGGGGUGGGAUCGUGGGGGGCUCUUUAUCUAUCUAGUACAGUACAGUUGCUGAUCUCAUCCAACCUCCAUGGACAUUUGGGGGUGGCAGUUUCCAGUCACUAUUCAGAGCACCAUGCAUCCAAGGCACUGACCCGGCUAGCGGCCUGAUCGAGUGAAGCGACCUCCGCCGCCGCAUUGUCCCCUAUGACGCCGCUGUGUUCUGCUCUGUCGUGAAGUAUCAAAGCUUGGUAUUCAUCUAUUAUGCAGGUUUCCAGUUAUUAUUUAGAGCAACACGCUCACGGAUCUGGCCUCUGGUGCCGCCGCUUCCGCUUCAUUGUCCGCCGACCAUCCGACGAGGACGCCGCCGCUUCUGCUUCAUUGUCCGCCGACCAUCCGACGAGGCCGCCGCCGCUGUGUUCUGCUCUGCUGUGAAGCACAAAAGGUGGGGUCUUCCUCUGCUCUGUCUCCAGUCUCAACUGAGUGCUCCCGUCCUCACAUCUCAGUCCUCUCCUCCAUUGCGCUGCCUCCGAGCUUGCUUGAGAGUAUGAUUUGUGUUGCUUGAUUCAAGAGUGGCAGUGGAACAGCAAGCAAGAACCAUACAGUUUCCAGUCGUUCAGAGCACGAUGCCUCAAAUCCAUUGAACCGGCCUGGUUUCUAGCUGAUUGGUGGUAAAGAGAGCUGCUCAUGGAGGUCACAACAGGUGCCAUGGGCAGCCUGCUCCCCAAGCUGGGCCAGCUGCUCAUGGAUGAGCACAACCUGCACAAGCGCGUCAAGAAAGACGUCUGCUUUCUCUCCAUGGAGCUUGAGAGCAUGCAUGCUGCCCUCAUCAAGGUUGGUGCCGUGCCGCGGGACCAGCUCGACACGCAAGUCAAGCUCUGGGCCGAUGAAGUCAGAGAGCUCUCCUACAACAUGGAGGAUGUCGUCGACAAAUUCCUCGUACGCGUCGAAGGUAUUCAGCAGCCUCAGGACAACACCGGCAGAUUCAAGGAGCUCAAGAACAAGAUGGUCAGCUUGUUCAAGAAAGGCAAGAAUCACCAUCGGAUAGCUGACGCCGUCAAGGAAAUCAAGGAGCAACUCCAGGAGGUGGCUGCUAGGCGUGGCAGGAACAAGCUCGAUGGUAUUGCUUUUAAUCCCACAGAAGCAAUUGCUAUAGAUCCUCGUCUUCGGGCUUUGUACACAGAAGCGACAGAGCUGGUGGGCAUUUAUGGGAAGAGGGAUCAAGACCUCUUGAGUUUGCUCUCCAUUGAGGGUGACGAUGCAUCUAACAAGAAACUGAAGAAGAUCUCCAUUGUUGGAUUUGGAGGGUUGGGAAAGACCACUCUUGCUAGAGCAGUAUACGAGAAGAUUAAAGGUGAUUUUGAUUGUCGGGCAUUUGUCCCCGUCGGUCAGAACCCUGAUGUCAGGAAGGUUUUUAGGGAUAUCCUUAUUGAUCUCGGAAUAUCCCACUCAGAUGUUGUCAUGUUGGAUGAAAGGCAGCUUAUCAACAAGCUUCAUGAAUUCCUCGAGAACAAGAGGUAUCUGGUCAUAAUUGAUGAUAUAUGGGAUGAAAAUUUGUGGGAAGGCAUCAACUUGGCUUUCUCUAACAGGAAUAAUCUAGGCAGUCGGCUAAUCACCACAACCCGCAUUGUCAGUGUCUCCAAUUCAUGUUGCUCGUCGGCUAAUGAUUCGAUUUAUGAAAUGAAACCUCUUUCUACUGAUGAUUCCAGAAAGCUCUUCCAUAAGAGAAUAUUUCCCGACAAGAGUGGAUGUCAAAAUGAAUUUGAACAAGUGUCUAAAGAUAUAUUGAAAAAAUGUGGUGGGGUACCACUAGCCAUCAUUACUAUUGCUAGUGCUUUGGCUAGUGGCCAGCACGUGAAGCCAAAGCGUGAGUGGGAUAUUCUGCUCCAGUCCAUUGGCUCUGGAUUAACAGAAGAUAACAGUUUAGAGGAGAUGCGGAGAAUACUCUCGUUCAGUUAUUAUAAUCUACCCCCCCAUCUGAAAACUUGUCUAUUGUACCUAUGUAUAUAUCCAGAAGAUAGAAAGAUUUAUAGAGAUAGACUGAUAUGGAAGUGGGUGGCCGAAGGAUUUGUCCACCAUGGAGAUCAAGGGACCAGCCUGUUUUUGGUCGGAUUAAACUACUUCAACCAGCUCAUUAAUAGAAGUAUGAUUCAGCCAAUAUAUGAUCAUCUAGGCCAGGUAUCUGCUUGCCGUGUACAUGAUAUGGUUUUGGACCUUAUCUGCAACUUGUCACGUGAAGCAAAGUUUGUUAAUGUAUUGGAUGGCACUGGGAAUAGCAUAUCUUCAGAAAGUAAUGUCCGCUGUUUGUCCCUUCAGAAUAAAAUGGAAGAUCAUCAAGCCAAGCCUCUCACAAAUAUCAUGAGUAUGUCACGAGUGAGGUCAAUUACUAUCUUUCCUCCUGCUGUUAGUAUCAUGCCAAGCCUGCCAAUGUUUGAAGUUCUGCGUGUACUUGAUUUGUCGGACUGUAAUCUGGGAAAAAGUAGCAGCCUGCAACUUAACCUCAAGGGUGUUGGACACUUAAUUCACCUGAGGUACCUAGGUCUAUCAGGUACCAACAUCAGUAAGCUCCCGGCUGAGAUAGGGAACCUGCAGUUUUUGGAGGUGUUGGAUCUUGGAAGCAAUUAUGGGCUAGAUGAAUUGCCUUCCACUCUUUUCAAAUUGAGAAGAUUAAUCUACCUAAAUGUUGUUCUCAAUAAGGUGGUUCCAACUCCUGGUGUGUUGCAGAAUCUGACAUCCAUUGAAGUGUUGAGGGGGAUCUUGGUCUCUCUGAACAUUAUUGCACAAGAGCAUGGCAACCUGGCAAGGCUGAGGGAGCUUCAGAUUAGCUUCAAGGAUGGUAAUUUGGAUUUGUAUGAAGGUUUUGUGUAUUCUCUGUGCAGCCUACAUCGCAUCGAAAGUCUAUGUAUUAAUUGCAAUUCGGAAGAAACAUCUUUUGAACUGAUGGAUCUCUUGGGAGAAUGCUGGGUGCCUCCUGUACAUCUCCGCGAAUUUGUGUCAAGAAUGCCCAGCCAACUCUCUGCACUGCGAGGGUGGAUAAAGAGAGACCCCUCGCAUCUCUCGAACCUCUCCGAGUUAAUCCUCAGGUCAGUGAAGGAAGUGCAGCAGGAAGACAUGGAAAUCAUUGGGGGGUUGUUGUCCCUUCGUCGUCUCUGGAUAACGAGCACCCACCAAACACAACGGCUACUAGUCAUCCGUGCAGAUGGGUUCCGCUGUAUGGUAGUCUUUGAGUUGAAUUGUGGAUCAGCAGCACAGAUAAAGUUUGAACCAGGAGCUUUGCCAUGGGCGGAAGCAGUUGAGUUCAGCCUGGGUGUGCGGGUGGCGAAAGAGGAUGGUAACUGUGGUUUCGACUUGGGCCUGCAGGGGAACCUGCUCUCCCUUCGGCGGUAUGUCCGUGUUCUUAUGUAUUGUGGUGGAGCGAGCGUUGGAGAGGCAAAGGAAGCGGAGGCUGCGGUGAGGCACGUCCUCGAAGCCCAUCCCAACCAUCCCCAGAUUAAUAUUUAUAUGAAGCCGCGUAUAGCAGAAGGUGAUCAUGAUGACGAUUUGUGUAAGGACGUGGUGAUGAACUGAUUUCUGACGCAAAGCGACUCACAUUAUAUCAGAUGUGCUCUCGGUAGCAGUAGCAGGGCGUACAGGUUACUGCUGGUGGCAUCCGAGGUGUUUCACAAACGUCGGUGGGCGCCAAUUAUGCAAAGAAUUGAAGAAUGAAAAAUUUUCAAGCUACGCUGGAAGUUAAUUGUGUGCUGAGCUUCUUUUAAAUGGCAAUCACUUUCAGAAAGAGAUUCUUUGGUUUUUGUAAUAGACUAAGGUGUUGGAGUGAGUUGAUCUCUUACAAGGAUAGUUUGUUUUACAAUGAUAAUUUGUUUUAAAUGACAGUCGUUGCUUUUAUUUGCAUGUUGUUACAUGGGAGGGCCAGCCCAUGUCAUGCUGGUGUUUUUUUCCCGCUGAACCGGACAAACCUGAGGGUGUAUUAUCAUAUUUGUAAUGACUGAAAUUUGGGGCUCACCUGAGCCCUUGAUUCAAAAAAAAAUCUGCCCUUCAUUGCGA